GGACCACCACCUGGUCGGACAAACCAGCCCACGACGGUUGUCAGCAUUUUGCGUUAACGUUGCAACAUCCAACGGAUUGGCUCUUUGGAAGAACGCAGGCAAGAGAAUGUCAGAAGCUUUCCCCACUCCCCGGUUAUUGAGCCUUAGCCACCAACCAGCGAUUGACAGGGCGUCGUCGAGCAUCUCGCUCAACGAGGCACAGCGCCCGCGCUCACUGCAUCUGCUUGUUGCCUCCAAUGGCCCACGCGAUGUUGCCUUUGCUGAGGCCAUCGCUGUCCGCCUGUCUAAAGAGACGCAGAUCACAACCCGAGCCGUAGUGGACGAGAUGACCCACCGGCUGGCGCAGGAGAUACUAGCAGUACAAAAUCGGAGUUUGAGACUGGGCGCCGGAGAUGGUUCAAGACUUAAGGACAUUGAGUCUUGUCAACAACAAGCGUCCGAGCUCGUAGAGUGGACCGACUUGCUCGUGCUUGCGCCCAUCGAUGCGGACAACCUUGCCAAGAUGAUGUGCGGAAUCUCCGACACGCUGUUGCUUGAGGUUUUGCGGAGCUGGGACGCUUCCAAGAGAAUCUUGAUGAUCCCCGGAAUGAGCACGCAGAUGUGGGAGAACCCCGUCACCAAGCGGCAGAUGAGUAAACUGCAUCGAAAAUGGGGAUGGAUCAGGGUCAUGCCGCCGAUUCUCUGGCACUACGACAACAGCGCCCAUCCCAAGCGCAUCGUCGAGUGGGACGGCUUCACCGAGCUCCUCGGUAUCAUCAAGAACCAGGCAGACUUUCUCAAGCUGGGCCACGAUGUCGAGGUCAGCGCUCACCCAGGCGCAUCCCCAGCGAUUUCCACCAAGGCAAGGAGCACCCUGCCGCCCGAGAUCUGGAGCAUGAUCUUCGAAUUCACCAACGACUGGGAGCUGGCAACCUGCCUCGGUGUCUUCACCACCCUGGAGAUGCCCACCAGCCAAGGGUGGCGGCGCGAGCCCAAAGACCCCAACGAUCCGCUCCAGGUGUUCAUGCACGACCUCGAAUGGACCCUCCUCACUGCCAACACCAAGGCCGUCUGCGACAAGCUCGCACAGGCACCCACGACCUUCCACGACCUCUCCGCCCUGGCCGUCCACCUUAUCUUCAAGUUCUCCCUUACCGGGGUAUUGACCUACAUCGAGUCCAACCUCCCCCACAUCUUCAAGUGUUUCGACGGUAAGACCAUCCCGACCAAGGCCUCAGCGUAUUACGGCCGCACCGACAUCCUCGACUGGUGGGCGCGCUCGCCGUCCUUCCUCGAGAAACAGUACGACGCCGAGGCGCUCAACAACGCCUCCGGCCGCGGCUUCAUCCACGUGCUGGACUGGUGGCGCCGCUCCGGCCUGCCCCUCAAGUACGACGAGCAGGCGCUCGAGAUGGCCAGCUCCAAGGGCCACGUGCAUGUGCUGGAGUGGUGGCGCGAGACGAGCAUGCAGGACCCCACUAUCGUGCUCAAGCCCGGGAGGUCGUUGCUGGCGGCAGCGCAGUGGGGCCAGCUCGCGGUCAUACGCUGGUGGGAGGAGAGCGGCAUUCCCGUGGGCCAUCAGGAUGCUGUGUGCAAGAUGGCCAGCAGAUGGGGACAGGUCAAGGUGCUGGACCUCUGGCGGCAGUUGAGAGGCGAUGACAAGCUGCAGUUUGACAAUCAGAUCCUGAUCGAGGCGACAUUUCACGCGCAUAUCCCGGUGCUGGAGUGGUGGCGGAAGUACGCGCACGGGGAGCUGCCCGGGAUGGGCGGACGCAAGGGCAAUAAGGUUGAGUACAAGACGAUGGAUGUCGAGGAGGCGUUGGAGGACUCCCUGGGCGAUCAGACGAAGGUCCGGCGGUGGUGGGCCGAGAACGGUCUUAACCUGGGGCUGGGAACGAGCGAGUGGAUGAAGAUACGGACCUUGUGAUGUCAACGGCAUAGCGAGCCCUCGGGUGCAGCAGAUGCAGCGGGAGCUGAGACUUUGGAAGGCUUUGCGGCGAGCAAGCGGGGAGGUCCAUGGGACGAAGACAUAGAUAUACGCCUAUUCACUGUUCUGGGUCAACGGAAAAUGGUCAGGGAGGAUGGUA